CAUUUCUCUGGAGAGUCCCUCGUACAUCAUCUCUCUCUCUCUCUCUCUCUCUCUCUCUCUCUCGUGUAUAUAUACACAUACGUUUAGUAGUGUUUCCAAUCGUAGAGAGAAUAUCAUUUCACUGUUGGUCUUGCAGAAUUUGGUUGCUCUUUUUCCCUUGCUGAGUUUCCUGACUCAUCCAAUAUAAUCAUAGAGGCAUAGAGCCACGUUGAUAUUGAUUCGCAACCAUUCUUAUAUCCAGAAUUUGACACAAUGCCCAAUUCCUUUGAAUAAUUAUCUGAAAGCCUUAUAAAGUUUUCUAUCCCAUAGAAUUUCCUGUAGUGAUAUCAUAACUAAAUGUCAUUUAUAUUCCCCUCAUCUUCUGUGGUUCCCUCCUCUUGUUUAAACCAAUUGAAGGUCUAUAGUUUGAAAUCCAAGGGAAGUGCUUCUCUAAAUCCGUGCUUUCCCCGCGUUCAAUACAAAGUUCUAUGGAGUAUAACCAAAGAUAAACAUCCAGUUUCCAAAAGUAAACCCCAUAGUAUCUUAAAGUCUACUGCAAGAGAUUGCAUACGAACUAAUAAUCAGUCAAUCGAAGAAAAUGAUGUAUCUUUUGAUGGGGGAGAUCAAGGACAAAAAGAGAUUGAAGACACAGGGUCACCAUGGAAAGGGGCUGUUAUUUACAAGAGAAACCCUUCGGUUUCACAUGUGGAGUACUGCACAACCUUAGAGAGGCUUGGGUUGGGAGAGCAUUCAACUGAGAUCUCCAAGUCUAGUGCUUCAAUAAUGGGUUUACGGGUCACAAAAGCUGUUAAGGACUAUCCGCUUGGAACACCUGUGCAGAUCUCCAUUGACGUAACAAGGAAGAGGCAAAAGUUGAGGCUCGAUGGUAUCAUCAGAACGGUCAUCACUCUUUGCUGCAAUAGGUGUGGCGAGCCUGCUGCUGAGAGUGUAUUCUCCAACUUCACGCUUUUACUAACUGAACAACCCAUUGAAGAGCCAGAGGUUAUCAGUAUGGGAGUCAUGUUUGGGGAUGGGAAAGUCAAAACAACUUCUGGAAUUAGUGAGGAAGAAGAGGAAGAUGAUGAAGCUUCAAUUGAUUUGGAUGACCGGCUGUAUUUUCCUCCUGAAGAAAAAGAAAUUGAUAUUUCGAAGAACAUAAGAGACAUGGUUCAUGUAGAAAUUACCAUUAAUGCAAUCUGUGAUCCGAGUUGCAAAGGUUUGUGUCUGAACUGUGGUACAAACCUAAAUACUAGUAGUUGUAGCUGUAGGAAAGAGGAAGUGAAGGAGAAGAGUUACCCUCUUGCAAAUUUGAAAAAUCAAAUGCAGCGAACAUGAGGUGAGGUGAAGUGAUAUGGAGUCCCAUUAGAAGUAGUUUUGUUGUUCAAUAUACCGUCCUUUUCUUUUCUUAUCUGAUUGUGAUUGAAAGAAUUGACUGACAUUUUAGAGGAAGAUAAGAGAUUAGUUGACAA